UAAAUCUCCUCGUCGCGGUGCAUUGUGGGACUUUAUGUAACCAGCAUGGCGGCCUCCUGCGCCAGAGCUCUCGGUAAGGUCGGCCGGUCCUUUGUGGACUCUCCGGCGGUGCUCCGCUCCGGUUCCGGCUCCUUCCUGGGGGGCACCGCGGCGACUCGGAGCUCCGGGAGGUGCUACGGCUCCGGCGGGCCGGGAGUCCGGGCGGCGGCGCUCUCUGUGCGGGCAGCAGCAGGACGCAGGGCGCUGAGCUGUGCCUUCCUGUUGGGGGGAGGUCUGGGUCUGUACCAGGCGGUCCGGGGGUCCCUAAAGCAGCAGCACCUGGCCCAGGAGCAGAACCAGAACCAAGUUUCUGCCGGCGGUCUGAAGCUGAUCCUGUAUCAGUAUAAAACCUGUCCGUUCUGCAGUAAGGUCCGGGCCUUUCUGGACUACUACGGGCUUCCGUACGACAUCGUGGAGGUGAACCCGGUGAUGAGGCAGGAGAUCAAGUGGUCUGCUUACAGAAAGGUUCCCAUCCUGAUGGUGGACGGAGGCGUGCAACUGAACGACUCGUCGGUCAUCAUCAGCGCCCUCAAGACGUUUUUAAUCAACAAGGAGAGGAGUGUGUCGGACAUCCUCCACUGCUACCCGGAGAUGAAGUCUGUGAACGAGCGAGGAAAGGAGGUGACCGAGUACACCAACAAAUACUGGCUGAUGCUGAGCGAAGCCCAGACCGCCUGCGUUUACCCCGAGAAAGGGAUGCAGAAGGAGGAGAUGAAGUGGCGUCAGUGGGCCGAUGAUUGGCUCGUCCACCUCAUAUCUCCCAACGUUUACCGAACCACCGGCGAGGCCUUGGCCUCCUUCGACUACAUCGUCCGCGAGGGGAAGUUCGGGACGUUGGAGGGCUUCUUUGCUAAAUACGUCGGCGCUGCGGCCAUGUUUGUCAUCUCCAAACGGCUCAAGAGUCGACACAACCUGCAGGACGACGUCAGGGAGGAUCUCUACAAAGCCGUGAACGACUGGGUGGCCGCCGUGGGAAAGAAGAGGAAGUUCAUGGGAGGAGAUCAGCCCAACCUGGCCGACCUGGCGGUGUUCGGCGUCCUGCGGGUCAUGGACGGUCUGCAGGCGUUCGACGACAUGAUGGCCAACACCAAAGUGAAGUCGUGGUACAGACGCAUGGAGAGAGCGACGCUCAACCACGAGGGGCGGAGCCAACCGUAGAACCUCCAGAGAACCUCCAGGGAACCUUCAGGGAACAGCUGGACCUGCUGAAGCAUCGCUGCUGCAGGAAACGCCAGAAUUUAUUCGGUUUGUAGCCGCAGACGUGACGUAGAAACGAGAAGAAACUGUUUUACUGAGCUGCUGUUUGGAGAAAACCUGACCUCUGCUGGUCGCCCGGGGCAACAACAUCACCACACUGCAUCCUUUUCUGUUAGGCGCUUUAUCCUCAGAAAAAAAGUUAUGUUUGCUUUUAUUUAGUGCUUUUCGCAGAUUAAAGCACUAAAAAUGUCUGUUAUUCACUCUUUACACACUGAAAUCUGCAGAUCUUUACUGCAGUGAUCAGACUGUUUCUUCGAGCAUCGACGCUCCCAAGGCAGGUAAACUGCAGCACACAAAAGGACGACUUCAAAGAGACACAAACGAAUAAAAAAUAGAUGCAAAUUCAUUGAAAACCAAGACAAAAACACCUCAAACAUGCAAUGAAGCACCACAAGACACAAAAUGACCAUAAAAUCAUUCAAGUGGACUAAAAGUGACGCGAAAUGCGAACAAACUGAUCCAAAGCCAAAUAAAACGUAACUAAAACUGCAGUCCCAGAGCACAUCUUUCAUGCAGUUCAGUGUUUUCUUUUUUUUUUUUCAGACUGCCACCUUCAGUAAGUAUUCUGGGAGGUUUUCUCUCCAUUCAGCAGCUUCGUCUGUUUAAAAAAUGGUUCUUUUCUUGUUCUGUAGGAACCUGAGAUCAAUUUAUUAUCUGUAUUUAUUUCAGAUGAUGUUUUUCUUCUUUAGGGUACAAUAAAAUACAGUAAGUGGGGA